GAAAAAAGAAAUAGUGAAAGGCACUAAAACGUUAUUAACUAAUUUACUAAUUAUACUUGACUAACUGUAAAUAUUAAUCAAAAUUUGGUAGUUCUAUGUUUUUUUUGACUAGUGUAUAAGUAUUUUAUGAAACAGUGCUAUACAAACUGUAGAAAAUGGGAGAUUCUAUUCAAAAAGUAGGAUUCAAAAUAACAUUAACAUCGGAUCCAAAACUACCAUUUAAAAUACUUAAAGUACCAGAAGCUGCUCCAUUCACUGCUGUUUUAAAAUUUGCAGCUGAAGAGUUCAAAGUAUCACCCGAAACAUCAGCCAUAAUUACAGAUGAUGGGAUCGGUAUAAACCCACAACAGACUGCGGGUGCUGUUUUUCUAAAACAUGGAACGGACCUGAGGCUUAUACCAAGAGAUAGAGUCGGAUUAAUUAAAUGUUAAUAUGUAAUAUAUUAUUAAAAUUUUAAAUAAAUUAUCAAAUAAUCUGUUUCGGUUUGUAUUAUUUUAUUAAACAUUUAUUUUUUAUUUUUCUAUACAAUACCUUAUAAUAAAUUGUGAGUAAUAUAAUUCCAUUUGUAUAAGAACGUAAAAUUGUUCUUCAAGCAAUUCUUAAAAGACAUCCUGAUGUUGUAUUCAUUCUAGAUAAAUAUUAAAUUUAUGUUCAUUAAUAAAAUACUUCUUAUUCAUA